AUGCUUCGAAAUUGGGGUCAGCCUCUUUGGGCCCUCCUCAUGCUAGUCUCCGUCGCUCAGGCUCAGUUUAACUUUUUUGAGCAUAUGUUUGGAGCCGGCCAACAACAACAAAACCACCAACAGGGCUCGCAAAAUGCACCCAGUGACAGUAGUCGCUAUCAGAAUAUGUGGAGUCAAACUCCAUGCAGCAAUUACCUUUGCCCUGAUACUCUUGCCUGUGUCCAUUUCCCACACCACUGUCCCUGCCCACACCCAGGUGUUGAAGAAAAGUUUGAGCUAGGAGAAGGAAGUGCAAUCUGUGUGUCCAAGGGAGGAUUCAAGCAGGGCGAGGCAGCUCGAAAGAUUGAACUUGCUCGCAAGGGGCUCUUGUGA